AACGAGUUCAUUUCUGCUAGGGAGAGACAGAUAGAGAAAGAGAGAAACAAUGGCUUCCUCUUCAAUGCCUGCAGCUCUAACCAUUCUUCCAUCUUCUAACUCCAGCAAUUCCUUGAAACCAAAACCAUCGAGUUUUUCUCUGCCUACAAAUGUUUCAAGAUUUUCAUCUCUGAAAUCUAGGCAUACUUCUAGGGUUUUUGCUGCACCAGAGCUUCUUGACACUGCAGAAACCUUGGACAGUCUUACUGAAAGCCUAGAUGGAGCCAAUUUGGAAGCUCUCCAGGCUGCUGGUAUUGAAGUUCCUGGUACAUCUAAAAUUGCUAUCGCGGCUGAUGUUGAUAAGAUGGCACCGAAACAGAGGAUUAGAAUUAAACUUAGGUCCUACUGGGUUCCCCUAAUAGAGGAUUCAUGCAAGCAGAUCAUGGAUGCAGCAAGAACAUCGAAUGCAAAGACCAUGGGGCCUGUACCUCUACCCACCAAGAAGAGAAUCUUCUGCGUUCUCAAGUCUCCUCACGUUCACAAAGAUGCAAGAUUCCAUUUCGAGAUCAGGACUCACCAACGGCUCAUCGAUAUACUUUACCCAACUGCACAAACAAUAGACUCGUUGAUGUCACUUGACCUUCCUGCUGGAGUUGAUGUUGAGGUCAAACUGUAAUCAGAAACUGCUGCUACUUAGGUGAGAAACAUGAUCACAGGGGUUUUCAUUUUUGUUUGAAAAUUACAUGUUCCCUGCUCUGCUUGUUGUCCAUUUUUUUUGUAAAUGUAUCAUUUCUGUUGUACUAAGCCAAUAGCAUAUGGUAAAAAGUUUCUCCUCUCGGAUUUUUGUGUUGCAUACCUAUGCAAUAUGAGUUUCUCAGAAGCUCUACAAUCACGUCUGAUGGUUUUGAAGA